AUGGACAGCCAUGCCGGCCCCUGGUCGGACUUGCCGGCCGACGUGCUGAUCACAAUCCUCGAGACGCUAGACAUCGGCGACCUCGUCCGCGCCGGCGCCGUCUGCCAGUGGUGGAACACCUCGUCGUCGUACGUCCGCGGCCAGCACCACCUCCUCUCCCUCCCACUGACGCCCUGCCUGCUCUACACCACCGCGGACACCGGCGACGACUCCAACGUGGCCAGCCUCUACAGCCUCACCGACCACCGGUCCUACACCGUGCCGCUCCCGGGGCCCCAUGUCCACCGCCGGUGGCUCGGCGCCUCCCACGGCUGGCUCGCCACCACCGACGACGACGCGGCGCUCCACCUCGUCAACCCCGUCACCGGCCAGCAGAUCAGCAACCUCCCCCCGGUCACCACCAUUGAGAUGCCGCGGGCCAACCCACCCAUGACGAUGACCGCGCGCGAGUUGUCGGAGUACAUCUACCAACGUGUCUUCCUCUCCUCUGAUCCGUCCGACGGCCGCGACUGCAUUGUCGUGCUCCUCCACCGUCCCCAGGGCCAGAUCUCGUUUGCGAGGCUGGGCGACCCGCACUGGACGUGGAUACGUACGCCAACCGGAAACCUGCUAUGUGUCGACGUCGCCUUCAGAGCCGACGGCCGGAAGCUCUACGGGAUGCGCGCAGACGGCACCAUUCACGAGUUCGACCUCAACGGCGAGCCGGCCCUGGAGAGAGCAACCAUACUCCCCGCCCAAGAGUGCGCGAUGUGGCACACCAACUACCUCGUCGACGCGCCAUGGCUAGGCGGCGACGGAUGGCUCCUGGUGUGCAGGUACAUGGGGGCAGCAAACCUCCAAGCCUACACGGCAUGGCGGGCGGAUCGAAGCGUGCCCUACGACGACGUGUGGAACACGCACUUGAUCAAGGUGUACCGGGUGGAUUCCGCGGCAGGGACGGUGGCGGAGAUCGAGGACCUCGGUGGCCACCACGCACUCUUCUUGGGAUGCAACAACUCAUUCGGCCUCGCCGUGGCGGACAGUCCGGGGAUCCUGCCCAACCACAUCUAUUACACCGAUAACGAGGAGCAAUACGCGCCGGAAUGCGCGAGGGACAUCGGUGUUUACAACAUGGAAGACGGGAGCUUUCAUCAGGUCCUGCCUCCUUCCCUGUGGUUGGAUUGGCCGCUGCCCGCUUGGAUUAUCCCAAGCUUUAUUUUGGCUGCACAACGGGGCAGCCAGGUAAGCAAGUACUCCAACCUUCAUCAUGCAAGAAAAGGGACGGUGGCGGAGUAUGCAUGAAUCAUCAUAAUUGAUGUAUGGUUAGUUUGGAAACAUGGGUGGGCGUCCAAUUUAUUCAGUUUGGUAUUUUGGCUUUUAAGAAAAAUCUGGUUAUCUAAAACGCAAGACCGAAUUAUGUUGAUUUUUUUUUAAGAUCGAGCGAUCCGACUUUGGUUAGUUUGGUUCAGUCUUUGGUUACAGAAAUAUAUGAUAGUUCCAGG